ACACACACACAAUCUCUAACUGUUAGUCAUGCCUUCACAGUAACUGUUGGUCAUCACCAGGGAGCUAUGAGAUUUGGAGUACAGCCGCUCCAGAGGGUGGACCAGGAUUCCUGUGUUGGGUGGCGUCUCUCACAGCUGUGCGUGGCCAGAGUUCUGUGUCACCACCUGCUGCCUUAGAAGCCAACUGGCCAGAGAGGAGAGACAAUUAUAUAAGCCAGGGACCUGUCCCUGUAGACAAGAGUCGCCACAGACGACCCAGGACUUCCCCCACCUCCCCCUUGGCACCUAGACACCUUCAGGCCAGAUCAUGUCUCAGUCUUGCAUGUUGUCUGCUUUGCCUGGACCUCCCUCCUGGCACCUGGGUUCAAACCCCUGCUUCCCCCUGCAGGUGGGAAGCUGCAUGAGUGGUGAAGCAGAUCUGCAGGUGUUUAUCUUCCUCACUUUCUUUCUUUUUUUUUUUUUUAUUUUAUUUAUUUAUUGGCUAGAGACAACCAGAAUUCAAGAAGGAAGGGGGAGAGAGAAAGGGAGUGAGACAGAGAGACACCUGCAGCCCCACUUCACCACUUGCAAAGCUUUCCCCCUGCAGGUGGGGACUGGGGGCUUGAACCCUGGUCCUUGCACAUUGUAACGUGUGCGCUCAGCCAGGUGCGCCACCACCCGGCCCCUCUGCCUCACUUUCUAUCUUUUCCUCUCUUGAUUUCUCUGUCCUAUCUAUUAAGGAAAGAAAAAGAAAAAGAAGAAAUGACUGCCAGGAAUGAUGGAUUCACUGUGCAAUGAGCCCCAAAGGUGGGGACCAGGAGCUUGAACCUAGGUCUUUGCACGUGAUAACAUAUAUCCUCAACCAGCUCAGUCCCGCCAGCGACACCAUGGAGGUAGAGUCUGCAGAGGCCAAGCCCCCAGCCCUCGGCUACAAGCGCGCGGGCCGCCGCUACAAGUGCCUGUCUUGCACCAAGACAUUUCCCAACGCGCCCCGGGCAGCGCGGCACGCCGCCACACACGCGCCCGCAGACGGUGCGGAGCAGGCAGCCGAGGGGACCCCGAAGCCUGAGACAGAGCCUGGGGCGGAGGAAGCAAGCGGGGACAAAGGGUCAGGGACAGCGGCCAAGCCUCGGCCCUUCGCCUGCCCGCUGUGCCCCAAGUCCUACAAGACCGCCCCCGAGCUGCGCAGCCACGGGCGCAGCCACACGGGGGAAAAGCCCUUCCCGUGCCCUGAGUGCGGCCGCCGCUUCAUGCAGCCCGUGUGCCUGCGUGUGCACCUGGCCUCGCACGCCGGCGAGCUGCCCUUCCGCUGCACGCACUGCCCCAAGGCCUACGGCGCGCUCUCCAAGCUCAAGAUCCACCAGCGCGGCCACACGGGCGAGCGGCCCUACGCCUGCGCGGACUGCGGCAAGAGCUUCGCCGACCCGUCGGUGUUCCGCAAGCACCGGCGCACGCACGCCGGCCUGCGGCCCUACUCCUGCGAGCGCUGCGGGAAGGCCUAUGCGGAGCUCAAGGACCUGCGCAACCAUGAAAGGUCUCACACCGGCGAGCGCCCUUUCCUCUGCUCAGAGUGCGGGAAGAGCUUCUCCCGCUCCUCCUCGCUCACAUGCCACCAGCGCAUCCACGCCGCACAGAAGCCCUACCGCUGCCCGGCUUGCGGCAAGGGCUUCACGCAGCUCAGCUCCUACCAGAGCCACGAGCGCACGCACUCGGGCGAGAAGCCCUUCCUGUGCCCGCGCUGCGGCCGCAUGUUCUCCGACCCCUCGAGCUUCCGGCGCCACCAGCGGGCCCACGAGGGCGUGAAGCCCUACCGCUGCGAGAAGUGCGGCAAGGACUUCCGGCAGCCGGCCGACCUGGCCAUGCACCGGCGGGUGCACACGGGCGACCGGCCCUUCAAGUGCCCGCAGUGCGACAAGACGUUCGUGGCGUCCUGGGACCUCAAGCGCCACGCGCUGGUGCACUCGGGCCAGCGGCCCUUCCGCUGCGAGGAGUGCGGGCGCGCCUUCGCCGAGCGGGCCAGCCUCACCAAACACAGCCGCGUGCACUCGGGCGAGCGCCCCUUCCACUGCGGCGCCUGCGGGAAGUCCUUCGUGGUCUCCUCCAGCCUGAGGAAGCACGAGCGGACCCACCGGAGCAGCGAGGCUGCAAGCGCCCCCCCACAGCAGGAGCUGGUCGUGGGCCUGGCCCUGCCCGUCGCUGUGGCCGGCGAGAGCUCCGUGCCCCCCGAGGCAGGUGCAGGCCUGGGGGAGCCCCCAGCAGGGCUGCUCAGCCUGCCCCCGGAUUCAGGCGCCGUGAUGGCCACCCAGUGGCAGGUAGUGGGCAUGACGGUGGAGCACGUGCCGUGCCAAGAUGCUGAGGCUGGGGAGGCCCCUGGCGGCCCCUUGGGGGGUUCUGGUGAGGUGGGGGGUGAGGAGGCAGAUGAGAAGCCCCCCCAGUUUGUGUGCCGGGAGUGCAAGGAGAAUUUCCCCACACUGACGCUCUUGCGCCGCCACGAGCGCACCCACCCCGAGCUGCGGCCGUUUCCCUGCACCGAGUGCGGGAAGAGCUUCUCGGACCGGGCCGGGCUGCGCAAGCACAGCCGCACGCACAGCUCCGAGCGCCCCUACUCAUGCCCGCACUGCCCCAAGGCCUUCCUGAGUGCCAGCGACCUGCGCAAACACGAGCGCACGCACCCUGUGGCUGUUGCGCCCUCCAUGGUGGCUCUGCUAGGAAUGCCUGAAGAGGGGCCUGCUUGAAGCCAGGCCCCCGCAGUGCUCCCAGGGGCUCAUAGCCCGCAGGAUGCACCCCAAAACCACAAAUCUCCUUUUGCCCCAGCUCAAUCAGAUCUCUGCCCCUCCCCAUGCCUGCCCCCAACUAGCUCACCUUGCCCUUCAAAGAGCUGGAGAGAACUGGGCCUCCUCCAAGCAGCACUCAUUAAGCUGUGAUCUACUUGGGGGUACCAGGAGUGGAAGCUGGGACAUGAGAUAUGGAUUAAUGGAGACCCCCUGGAUUGGCAACUCAUAAACUAGAUGGCCUUUGGGUACAUUGUUUUCCAAAGUAUGUUUCAGCUGGUCUUGUGACAAAGAGUCCCCUAAUUCUUAGAACUCUUCUUGGACUUUCUUGGUGAUCAAAAGAGUUAUAUAAAAAUCAUCAAGAAUUCCUGAAGUGGACAAGUCACUUGAGCGUGGUGUAGCCCAUACUUAUUUGACUCUGGAAACCGCUUACUGAGUAGUUGUAGCCUUUCACAGAGAAUAUAUUGGGGUCCAAAAUUAGUGUGUUAUAUACUCCUGUGGCAAAUUUAAAAAUAUUCUUGCAAUGGAGAAGCAAGGAUUCCAUUUAUAAUAGCAACAGUGACCUGAAAUUACAAAGAAAUAAACCUCAAAAGGACCAUGCCAAACCUGUAUGAAGACUUUAUGUCUUUCCUGAUAAGAGAUAGCUAAAUCCUUUUCCUUAAAGAUUCAAAUGAACUGGGUUCCCCCCCACAACUGUAUUAAAAUACAAUUCCUCUCCCAUGCAAUGAAAUUUGAAGCAUUCAGUUCUACAGAAACCCCGUCUCCGUUAGCUAGCACUCCCUAUUGCUGCCCUGCUGACUCGGUUGAUGCCUCUGAAUUUGCCUACUUAGCACAUUUUAUAUAAAUAGAAUCAUACAUGUGAUCUUUUGAAAUUCAUUUUUUUUUUUAAACCAGAGCACUGCUUAGCUCUGGUUUAUGGUGGUACGAGGUAUGGAACCUGGGACUUUGGAGCCUCAGGCAUGAGAGUCUCUUUGCAUAACCAUUAUGCUACCUACCCUCUGCCUAUGUGAUCUUUUGUAAAUGACUGCUUUAGCAUAGCUGUCCUGGAGGUCUAGUCAUGUGGUUACUCACCUCAAGACUUGAUUCCCUUUCAGUGUCAACUAAUAUUCCUCUGACUGGGUACUAUUACAUCUUGUUCAUCCCCUCACCGGCUAAUGGGCUGUGAUUUCAGUUUCUGACUUUUGUUGUGAACAGUGCUAUGAAUAUUCAGUGCACAAGUUUUUGCAUAUGUAUUUGUUUGUCUUGGUUUGCUUGUAUAUAAAUCAAGGAGUGUAAUUGCCAGGUCCCACGGCCAUUACCUACUGAACUGUGUCAGGAAGUGCUAAAUGAUCUCCCAAAGCAGUUGGAGCAUCUUCUCCGUCAACAGGGAAUUCAUGGUCCAUUGUCUCUGCCCGUUUACCAAUAGUCAUCUCUCUCGUUAUAGACAUCCCAGUGGGUGUGAAGUUGUGGUUUUGUUUUGUGUUUUCCUGCUGGCCGGUAAGGCUAAGUAUCUUUAUCAUGUGCUCGCUGGCCACUUCUAGGUCAUCUGUGGUCAAAAAUAUCUAUUCAAGCUCUUUACCCGGUUUUUCUGUUUAUUUGCUUGUUCGGUUUUGAAACUUGUAAAACUUCUCUCCUGUUAUGUGUUAUCUUUCUUCCCUUUUUCUUUUUCCCCUACUGGAGCACUGCUCAGCUCUGGCUGUUGGUGGUGUAAGAAACCAAACCUGGGACUGCCUUCCUGCAAGUAAGUCCUACUCACCACCACUGUACUUUUCUCGGUCAGUCUUCAUUUAUUGCUUUUUUUUUUUUUCCCCUGCAUUGCUGGGAUCUCACACACAUGUGAUUUCAUCAUUCCUGGGCCAGCUGUUUUAUUCUUCUGACUUCAGAUAGGGAAAUAGAGACACCACAGCACCAGAGCUUCUCCCAGAGCUGCGGCACUUCACUAUGGUGCUGGGACUCAAGCCCAAGUUGUGCACGUGGCAAGGUGUGUGCCUGACCAGGUGACCUGUCUUCAAGCACUUGUCUUACUUUUUUUUUUUGUAGCUCUUAAGGCACAAAAGUACUUACUUACUUUAUUAUUAUCAUUUAUUUAUUUAUUUUAUUCAGAGCACUGCUCAGUUUUUGGCUUCAGGGGAUGAAAUCUGGACUUGGGAGCUUCAGGCAUGAAAAUCUUAUUGCAGAACUGUUCUUUCUCCAGCCCUGAGUUUUAAUUUUUAAUGAAAUCGAAUUUUCUGUUUUCUUGCUGUAGUUCGGAGAGCCACAACUCAAGAGAACAUUUCCUAGCCCAAAGUCAUGAAGAUGUCUGUGCUUUCACCUAAGAGCUUUAUAGAUAUUUAUGAAGUUUGUAAACAAGUUGAAAGUCUAGAAAAGCUUUCAUUUUUACAGUUGUAAAACAUUUCUAGUUCCUAGCUCUUUCAUUUGGGUCUUUGAUCUGUUUUGACUUCUUAGAGAUGGUUUCCAGGUAGGGGUGGAAUUUCAGUUAUGUGCUUGUCGGUGUCCAAUUGUCCCAGCACCAUUGUCGAAAAUCUUUUAAAAAAUAUUUUAUUUAUUUAUUAAUGAGAGGGAUAGGAGGAGGGGGAGAGAGAGUGAGGGAGCCAGACAUCAGUCUGGUACAUGUGCUGCUGGGGAUCAAACUCAAGACCUCAUGCUUGAGAGUCCAGUCCUUUAUCCACUGUGCCACCUCCCGGACCAUGACUUUUUUUUUUUUUUAAUCUGAGUCCUGCUCAGUUUUUGUUUAUAGUGGUGCUGGGAUUGAACCUAAAAUAUCAGAGCCUCAGGCAUGAAAGUCUUUUUCUAUAACCACUAUGCUAUCUCCCCAGGCUAAAAAGACUAUUCUUUCUCCAUUAUCUUCACAUCCUUGUUGAAAAUACUCCCACCAGAGUGCUUGGUACCUGCAUGACUCCACUCUGUUCCCAGUGGCAUUAUUAUUAUUAUUAUUAUUAUUAUUAUUAUUAUUGACAAAAAACUGUGACAUCUUAGUUACUAAAGGUUUGGAUGUGAAUUUGAAAAUCAAGACCUGUGGGUUUGCCAAGUUGUUUUUCUACUUCAAAAUUAGUUUCGUUUUUCUAGGUCCAUUACAUUUCCAUAUAAAUUUUAUCAUUAGAUGCCAAAAAAAAAAAGAGGGAGAGAAGUGAGCUGGCAUUUUGAUAGAGCUUGUCUUGAGUCUGUGGAUCAAUUUGGGGGCUGUUUGUCUUAACAAUGUUCUGACCCAUCAAUGGAAUAUUUAAAAAUGUUAUUUAUUUAGAUUUUUAAAAUUUCUUUCAACAUUGUUUCAUAUUUUCAGUGUAUAAGUAUCACGCUCUUUGUUCUGUUUAUAUUUAAGUACUUUAUUCCUUUUUGUUGCUUUCACAAAUGGAAGUUUUCUUUGUUUCAUUUUGGCAGGGGGAGGGGGGGCUGGUCAUUACUAGUGAUAUGGAACAAUAAAUUUUGUACAUUAUUCUUGUA